AUGACCGCCGUGCUUGCCUGUAUUUGUUUUGCAGAGCACACACAGUCACAGAGGAAUGAGAAGUUGCAGUGCUCAAACCAUGAUGCAACACAUAUGCUCACUCUCUCCCCUGAUGGAAAGCUUUCUGAACACUGGGCUACAGCUUCAGCUGACUGCUCUAAGACAAGGCUGGUGAAAGAACUAAGAAACCAAGAUAUUGUUCAAAUAGCAUGUGGGGACCAGCACGCCAUGGCACUGUCCAGAGGAGGUGAGCUCUUCACCUGGGGCCAGAACGCCCAUGGACAGCUUGGAGUGGGGAGCCAAACCACGCUCAUCCCCCAACCGCAGUUGGUGGAAAGACUGAAGGGCAUCCCACUAGCUCAAAUUGCUGCUGGAGGAGCUCACAGUGUUGCCGUGUCACUCUCUGGAGCUGUGUACUCCUGGGGAAGGAACAAUUUUGGGCAGCUGGGACUCGGAGACACAGAAGACAGGAGCUCCCCAUCAUACAUUAGAGCGUUAGAGCACUGGAAGACUGUGUUUAUCUCAUGCGGGUCAGAUCACACUGCAGUUCUCUCCAAGGAGGGGUUGGUGUGCACCUUUGGAGCAGGAGGGGCUGGCCAGCUCGGUCACAACUCCACCCGGAAUGAACUCAUGCCUCGUGUGGUAGCUGAGCUGUGGGGAGCAAGAGCUUCUCAGGUUGCCUGUGGCAGACAGCACACCCUGGUCUAUGUUCCCUCCUUGGACAAAAUCUAUUCAUUUGGUUCUAAGGAAGAAGGACCGCUGGGAGAUGAGAGAAAGCCUCAUCAGUUGAUACCAAUUCCCAUCAAUUCACCAGUGAAUACUGGAAGAUCCUGUCAGGAAAAUGACAUGCCACAAGAGGCGAUUGAAAUUAUUGCAGGAGGAAACCAAAGUAUUGUCCUCUGCAAGAACAAUGAGAAUUCCUGUUUGAAUGGAAUUGCCACUCUGAAGGAUAAAGAUGUGGACACAUGGAUUUCUAAUUGCAGUUCGCAACACUGGAAGAGUAUAAAAAAGAAUAUCAGGUGGAUCUUUUCAUCUGAGGCUUGCAUCAACGGAAGCUUUCUGGAGAAAAGAGACAAACAUUUCAAAACUUCCAAAGAAUUCUCGGGUGUAGACAUAGCCAAAGUGCAACAUUUUUAUGAGAAGAUCAGCAAGAAGCCAGAAGUCUUCCAAGAGGUGCAAAAGGAGAUUGAGAAGUUACUGCCAUCAUUGUCUUCCUCUCCCAUCUCUCCUGAAAAUUUCAGAGUCUACUUGAUCUUGCCUUUCCUUCUGCAGGGAGAGGAUAAGAGCUCUUCCCAUUCUCUCAGGCUUCUAGCACAAGCCAUCACACAGCUCCAGCCAAAGGACCUGCAAACUCUUGAAUGCCUGUGGUCAAAUCUAGAAAUAUCCUUCUUCAAGAAGCUGGUCACUCUGUAUCAGAGGGUUUCCCAGAAAAGCCUCUUUCAAUUUCACAUAGAAGUCAGAAACAGCCAAAGAAACCUCUUCCACCUGCACCCACAUGAAACAGUGACUCUGCAAAUACUGCAGAUUCUUUACCAGGUGAACUCCAGAACUGGUUUCAGAGUACAAGAAAACAACUUCUACGUGCCUCAAGUGAAAGCGAUUAUAGCAUUGUGUUUCAUCUUUAAUGUAAAAGAAAUGGCCCUGUGGAAGCUGACAAAAUAUCCAUGCAUCUUUGACAUGCACGACAAGAUUGCCAUUCAUAAUACAGAACGUAACGCUCUAUCCAGCCCCUUUAGUGAGGUAAGUUUUUGUAAAUUUUUUUACAAUUCAGAAGAGAAAAAUACACUUCUAACAUACUGUUACUUCAAUCUUCAGAUAGCCUUCAUAGUGAUGGAGCCGGAACACUGGAUUUUUCCAGUCAGAAGACAGUACCUUCUGCAAGACAUAUGGACCCAUUUAAAUAUCGCAUCAACUGAGCAUUUCAAGAAGAUCUUAAAGGUAAGAAACCAAAUUGUACGGCCGCUUGGAGAGCGGGCACACCAGAAAGCGCAGGAGCUCUUCAGCGUCGCCGCCAGGACCCUCUGCCAACCCAGCACCGGCGUCUUCCGCCGCGUCGCCUCCGACCUGGCGUGGUUCCCCAGCCAGGCCCCGAGCGGUGAGCACACCUUCUACCGGAUCGGGACGCUGCUUGGCAUGGCCCUGUACAACGGGCGCAUGGCACCCUUCCCCUUCCCCAGGGCGCUCUACAAAAAGCUGCUGGGCCUGCCGCCCGCCCUGGAGGACCUGGAAGAGCUGUUGCCAGCCACAGGCCGGAAUCUUCAGGGAAUUUUGAAUGAAGAAUGUGAUCAUACCCUUGAGAGCCUGGACAUGGACUUCACAAUAAUGGAAGAAGGAGAUUCCAUGGUUACUGUUGAACUUAAAAAAAAUGGUGCCAACAUUCCCGUCACUAAGGAUAACAGGAAAGAAUUUGUUGACUUGUAUGUGAAUUAUGUGUUCAAUGAAUCAAUACGGAAGCCAUUUGAGGACUUUAUGCAAGGGUUUUCAAGAGGCUGCCCAGCUAGAAAGUGGAAGAUGUUUCACCCCACAGAACUCCAGAUUGUUCUCCAGGGACACACGGAAUUUGACUGGCAUCUGCUGGAAAAGAAUGUGACAUACAGACAGUAUAAAAAGUUAGAUCGAACCAUCAGGAAUUUUUGGACUGUGUUUUACAGACUCCCAGAAGAAAAAAAGAAAAUGUUUCUUGCUUUUUUGUCAGGAUCUGAUCGAAUCCCUGGCUACGGACUGGAAUAUUUUACAUUUUGUAUUGCAGAUCCUCAAGCAGAAAACCCAGAUGAGGUCUAUCCUUUUGCCAAUACCUGCAGCCGCAUUUUGUUCCUCCCCAGAUACAGCAGUAAAAGAAUACUCAAGAAAAAGUUGCUCUGUGCCACAGAGCAUAAUGAAAGUUUUGGUUUGUGCUAACUCUUGGUCAGGAGCAUUUUAAAGCAAAAAAAAAAAAAAAAGUUUCAUGUGUCAUGUUUUUCUCUGCCUUAUUUUUACUGCACUUUAUAAACACUUGAGUGUGUGUAUUCACUGAGAUUUUAUAUUGAUUAUAAAAAUGAGCUUAGACCAGAUACCUGAUUGUUAGAUUAUAAAGUUAGGAAAGAAGACUCCUAUUUAACAUGUUUCCAAGAAGCAUGCUGAUAAGUCAAGUAUAUUUACAUAUACGUGCAUCCUGUCAGCACCGUGCUGGUCUUGUUUAGUCAGUAAGCUUUCAGCAGCAGGGAUUCUGUGAUUUGUACAUUACCAAACACACAGCCAGUAUAUGCUCAGCAGUCAUCAAUGCAAGAGGAAGUUAGUGUAAGGUUUUCAUCUGUAUUAGUUAGGGAUUCUCUUGGGGAGCAACUGAUGCUAAGGUGACUGGCAUGUUCCUGCAGGCUGUGAAUUGAAGGAGCAGGCUGUGCUCACCUGGAUAUGGCCUUUGACUGUCUGAGAGUAGUUCUUAGUAUGAGGAUUUGAGACUUUGUCAAAAGCUGUAUUUCUAAAGCAUUAAUGGACUUUUAAUUUUUUAGUGUGAUAGCACUGUGAUAUGUGUCAUGUUUAUAUCUUUAAGGAGAUGUUUGGCAAUUAAACAAAAUGCUAGGCUUGCAGAACAGCUCUGUGCAGAACCCUGUGGACAUGAGGCACGCUGGGCUGCUGGAAGCUCAUUGUUGAAACUGCGUAACACUGGCAGGAUAUUGACAAUGUCAGUCAGGAUGUAAAGUCAUGAUGUGUAUUUUUCUGUAUAUUUUGCUUUGUGUAAAUAUAUAUAUAUAUAUAUAUGUAGAGAGAGACAACAAUAAUUUUUCAGCAGUCUUUCCUUUGGUGUGUUAAAUGUGUCAGUGGACGUACAUAUGUAAAGAAGACUUUUACUGUGUUGAAUUAAAUGGUAAUUAAAUUUCCACACCUGUAGUUGUGUUCUUCCUGUGUUACGCAGCUGCCUGUAUGUGACAGCGUAUCUGUGUUUUCUGUCCUCAUUAAUACGGGGAAGCCAUGCACAGGAGAAGUCAAAGGCUGAUACAAGUCUGUUUCAAAUUAGAUGCAUUGCACAGGCUGAACAAGUCAAGGUCUUUCACAUUUGGUGCAGAAUAUGCUUUAGGUGAAUACAAAAAUUGAAAGCCAGAAGAAGGCAAUCUUUACUUCCUGUUUUGUCUUGACUUUGUGUUGGGUAUCACAUGCACACUCAUUUGGACCAGGGAGGCUGCCUCUUUGAAAUGCCAGUAAAUGAUAUAAACCUUUGUUUGGAAGUGACUGUUAGGCUAGUGCUUUUUUUUUUUUUUUUCCUUUAGGAAAGUACAUGUUUCUUAGGAAAAACGUAGGCAGUAUUUAUGCAUUUCCAGCUCAGUAAAAAAGACAUUGUUACAUAUGAAGAAAAAUAAAGCUUCCUUUUAAGUUACAGUAUAGUA